AUGCCGGAAAGCAGUACGAAGGCCAGACAUGACAGGGAACCUUCCAGUUCUCCACCGAAACAUGUCUCUGGAUCGCAGGAUCCUCGGACGCAGCUCAACCCUAUGGGCGUUCAUGAAGAGGGUCUUCCCAGAGGUUGGGAGAUAGCGCUUGACAGUAAAGGUCGCAAGUACUACAUUGAUCAUAACACGGGCACGACGACAUGGACACGGCCACCGUACGAUGGGUCGUCGGCUUAUCCAGAGGACUCGCCGUUGCCCGCUGGCUGGGUUUGCCGUAUUGAUAGCAAAGGGCGCAAAUACUAUGUGGAUCACAAUACCAGGACAACUACGUGGAUCCACCCUCCGCCAUUCGAUGUCGUAGAAGAGAUCGAAGGAUUGGGCCCGCUUCCUCCUGGUUGGGAAAUCCGUGUCGUACCUGGGAAAAUGAGCACGUACUUUGUGGACCAUAAUACUAGAACAACGACUUGGGAAGAUCCUAGGAGAAAGUUGGAUGUGACAGACCCUUUUUCGAAACUUAGGCGGAAAGUUCUGUAUCUCAACAGUCGACAUCGUCUGAAAUUGCAGCCAGGUGUUUUCGAAAUUAGAGUUAAGAAGAGCCGUAUCGUUCAGGACAGUUUCUCGAUCUUCAGUAAAUUGAGGUCGCUUGCGGAUCUAAGACGACGUCCAUCCGUCGUAUUCGAGGACGACUUGAUGUGUAGAAAUCCGGUGAAUACUUGGUUAGACCUGUUGCUAGAUACAUUUUUCCAUCCAGACCUUGGUUUCUUCCUUCCGGACGGAUCCACAGGGCAGUUGAAGAUCAAUCCCUCAUCCAGUACUACAAUACCGGAUUAUCUGAAUUACUUCAAGUUCAUUGGCCAGCUUCACGGACUGGCUAUUUUUCAUGGGUACCUACUAGACCCUAAACUUGUGCCGCUCUUCUAUCCUUCUCUGUGUGGGACAUCCGAUAACCCCAAAGACACUUCUGACACUACCAACACAUCUAAACAAAGACAUUCAUUACUUGACGGAUUUUAUGAUCUGAUAGGCCGACGUUCGUUUAUAGGAUAUUCUCAAGCCGAGGUUGAACAAGUUUUUGGCGGAAUAACCGUCCUGGAGAAGGACCGAUGUUCGACGUAUACCAUUGCCGAUGAAACUAUCGAAGGCUCCUCCGAACCUGACAUCCACCUCGAGUGGUUUUGGGCAAUCACGAAGUCCUGGACACCUGAACGCCAGCAUGCGCUUUUUGUAUUCCUGACAGGCCUGGAACGCGUUCCUGUUACAGACCAGAUAAAAGUGAUGAAAGCCCCGGACGGCGACAUUCAACGCGUAACCAUUCUGGGGAAUACAGAACGCUCCGUUCCCAGAAAGUAUGAUGAUGCUCCGGAGCACAUUCUGUUCAUACCUCCGUUUAACAGCUAUGAGGAGAUGGAAAAUUGUCUGAUAUCUUCCAUAGUUGAUUGUAGCUGGCGUGAUCCAGAUACUACAGAAUAA